GAUUUAUCUCGAAUUUCCCUUUUUCAUUCUAGACAUUUUAAGAAAAAUCAUGUUAUUAAAAGUUUCCCAAGGAAAUUUAAUAAAAAGUUGAUACUUUACUUAAAUGUGUUUGAUUACAAAUGUCCUGGCACACAAUUCAGUACUUUGUUACUUUUGAAUUAUAACAUUUUAGAGGAGUGAUUUUAAAAGACUAAAAUCGGAACGAAAAUGGCUCAAGAAAUUUUAAAUAAUGUACUUAACUCUAAAAUAUUACCGGAAGAAAUUAUUAAAUGGUUGUCAGAAGAUAAUCAACAGAAUUUUAAUUGGGCUAAUGUCAACAAAAAUUUACCGAGAGCUGAAUUUGUUGCUUGUUUUCUUAAUUUUGUGAGAGACCAAUUUGCAGUUGCUGAACCAGUCGCAACUAACAUAAAGCAGACACCUUCUAAGGGAAAAUCAUCAAAACUAUCAACGACUAAUAUAAUUAAUAAAGAAUCACUCAAAAAUGAUAAUUCUGGAUGUGUCUUGAACGAUGUUAACAAAUUAAAUGACUCAUUUGAUAGUUUACGGUCUUCAGAAAAUAUCAGCACUUUAAAUGUUUCUACUAAUAAUGAAAAUCAUAACGUAUUAACAAAGGGUAUUUUAAUAAUAAAAAGUCCAGAGAAUGGAAAACAAAUUGUUGAAAGUAACAAAUCAUCUGACAAUCUCUUAGGGUCAGAAGGUAAAAUUAAAAAUCCUCCAUCAAAUAAAAUAUUUAAGAAACGAGUUCUUCUUCAAAAUGUAACAGAAAAGUCCGAUUACACUGAAAAUAAUUUAACUGUUUCUAAAAAUCUUGAUUUUCAACAACAAAAAGCAAGUAAUUCAUCUCAAGUGUCGGAUUUAAAUCAAUCUUUUUCCAAAAGUCCAAGCAAUCGAAAUAUCGAGCCUGUUUUAUCAAAUUUCAAUAGAUUAUUCUCACCUGGUAAUGAUUCAUUUGUAAAUUUAUCGAAAGAACAAUGUAGCAGUUUAAAUGCAUCUCUUUUGUCACAAAGUUAUACUCAAUAUGAAUGUUCAAGUAAUUCGUCACAAAUAUCCGAGAAUUCAACCAAAAGUGAAUUACACUUUCUUCAUUCACCAUUAUUGCAUAAUGAAACAAAGAAUCCAGUUUCUCCAUUAUAUAGUCAAAGCAUGAUGUUGACACCAAAGAACACCUAUAAAUCACAGAACAAAUCAACGGAAAAACAAUUGAGAACAAAUAAUUAUUUUAAACAUAGUACACCGGAACAAAUAACGAAUUCCUCGCAAAAAGGUGUAAAAUCUUCGUCAAGACAAAAUAUUAGUCUUGCAGAUUUUAUAACUGUUGAUACGCGUUCAUCGAAAAAGAGUAGUGGGAAAAAAAAUAAUCAAAAAACACAAUUGUCAAGGCACAGCAAAGAAGAUGAAAUACCGGUAUCAACUUCGGUCUUGUCAGAGGAAAACUUUCCCGAAGUUGGACAGAGUUUCGAAAGGCGACGCAGAAUCAAACCAACAAAAUUGGAUAUUUCCAGCAAUAAAGGUGACAAGGAAAAUACCGUUUUUGGUAUAGUGAAUAGACCAGCAAUAGCAAAUCCACAAUUCUCCGAUGUUCAAUCCACUGAUCAGACAUCUGAUAAAGAAUCCUUUGAAAUGGAAAGAGUAUUGUUACGAUUGGAGAGACAAAAAAAGGAGGAGACUUCAGUUGAGAAUAAAAUAGAUCUCGAUUCAUCAAUUAAAGUAGUGAGACCGACGAGAAUUCCGUUAUUAUCGAAAUCAAUUAUUGUCCCCUCUUUAGCAAUGAUUGAACAAAAGGACAUUUUAGAAAUAAUAGUGCAAAUAUAUUGCGCCUUUAUCGAUAACAAUUUAAUUUUAAAUCCCAUGACUGAAAUGUAUUUUAUACUUUCUCUUAUUACAACGCAAUAUCAUCGACAAAUAACGCCGCGCAAAUCUACUGUUAAAGAAUCUCCAGAUACGAGUGACAGUUCAAAAUCGGAUUCAUUGAGACGAAAUUUAGAAAUUGAUCUGGGUUGUGCGGUGCUCAGUGAAGAAAUGAGCAAAGAUGUUGAAUCGGAGGGUAAAAUUUUAGUUUCCGAGAAAGAUGUCGAACAAUUUAGUGAGCUGAAAAUUGAUGACAAGACUGUGAUAAAUCCUGUAAUUCUUAACAAUGAAAAUGAUUGUAUUUCGGAGAAAAUUUUAAAAAUUGACGAUCUUAUCUUAGGGACUCCUCAUAAUUGUGUAUUCUUUUCUACACACGUUUUAAAUCAGGAAAGACACUGGUUAAAAUUUCUUGAUCGAACAACUCUGAAAUUACUUUCAGAAAAUUCACAUAUUGCUGAAUUUCAGCCAGAAUUGCAAAUUUAUUUACAAGAAUUGUAUGACACGAAACUUGCUGAAAUGAAUCGCAUUAAACAACACACAUUUAGCUUUCACGAUCCGAAUGUUUCAUUCCAAAUUGAUACUGAUAAUAGGGAAAAAUUUCCAACAGCCAUUGCCUUUCAGUCGUUUCGUAAACAACGCGACAUGUUUUACGACAUAUUGAAAAUUUGGGAGGAAAAUCAUACAAAUAGUAAUUGGAAAUUUUCUGUGGCGUUGAGUCCGAAAAUUAAAAUGAUGUUGACACUUCACAGCGAUGUCACAAAUCACUGUCACAUUGCUAGACUUUUUAAAUCGCAGUUACUUAUUUCCUGUAUACAUAGUGGACAACAGGGAGAUGUAAUUGAUGACGAAAGUUUGAGUAUUCUCAAAUCUUUAAAGGAUGUUAAUCCAGAAAAAUUGACACAAUUAAAGGAAAGAUUAGUCACUCCUUUAUCAUCUGAAGGUCCAGUUCCAGAGCCAAAUUUUCAGGGAAUUCAAGAAUUUUAUAAAAAUUUUAUACUCUAUUCUUUUAAUCCAAUGUUUUAUGCUCACUUAGAGGACUGUCUUAUUCAUGAAAUUUUAGAAUUGAAUGAUAUUCAAUUCACUGCAAGUGAUAUUGGAGAAUCAGAAACAACGGUUGAUGAACGAACAAAACAAAAUUUUAUAACUUGUUUAUCAAGUUUACGAGUUCUUGGUAAAUUUUUGGGUUUCUUGGUAUCGUUACCAUAUCGAUCAUCGACAAGUUCAUUUGAUGAAGUCAUAAAGUCUCAGGUUUCAUUACGCAGUCGAAUUGUGCCAGUCUUAAAUUUGCAAACCUGUCUUCAAGAGUCUAUAAUUCAAGGGAAAUUGACGUUAACGAUACCCUGGAUUGUUGAAUAUUUAUCACAGUUGGACAUAGCUUCUCUUCGUUUACCUUAUUACAAGCGACUGUUGGAAAUUCUUUACUGCAUUUAUCGGAUUUCAAAAUUAGAUGUUCCUAUUAUUUCCGAACAAUUAAUGUCACAGCAAACGUUAAUUCUUAUUAAAUUCUCCCUCGGUUGGUUAUUUGAAUUGUCCAAUUUUCCAACUGAUUUUUAUUUUUCCUGGCAGUCAAGUUACAUCGAAAAAAAAUUAAUGACUUUUUGUCAUGGUGAAAAUGGAAAAAUGGAAAUUGCCGUUGCUAAUAAUAAAAAUAGUGUGACAUUGGAUAGAUUGGACAUUAUUGACGAGAGAGUUUUAUAUUCUUGUUGUCCAUUCUUGGUUGAAUUUAAAAUUCUUCUCACGGGAAAUUCACAAUCGACCAGCAAUAAAACUAACAGACACAUCACUCCAGUUUCUAGUCAACUUCCAAACGCGACCGACAGUACAAAUGCAAAAAAUUUAGAGCUCCAGUUGGAAGAAGCUUUUUUUCAUGGUCAACCGGCUUCUACUAGAAAAACAAUUGAAUUUGUUUCGGAAAGAGUUGCCUCGACUUGUGUUAAAUAUAUUUUUAACUCCUUGCUACCAACGGCUCGAGAAAAUUGUUUAAAUCAAUUGCGGCAAAAGGUGGUCGAAAAAAAUCGCAAAAUUUUAGAAGAUAAUCCUGAUGUUUUGAAGGCGCUGAUGUUAAAGGAGGUGAAUAAUUUGGCUGCAAAUAUUACAAAAGAAGUGAAUGAACAAAUUGAGAAAGAAAUCCCGCCAAUGUGUAAGACUCGUAUCUCUCAGUCGAUUGAUUCUUUAUUAGCAGUUGACACUUUAUUGACUGUAAUGGAAACUUGUACUGAAAUUACGAUUAGAAUGACAAAGGAUCGUAUUGCUCAAUGGAUUCAGUCUCAUAUUGGGAAUUUGCUAUUUAUGCGAGAUAUUGAAUUCAAAAUUAGCCAAGUAGCGAAAAAUGAUAAUGCCACGAUUGUUAAAAAUGAAAAUAAACAUAAUCUCGCUGCAGCUUGUCCGACUGAUGUACUUGAUGAUCUUCGGGCUUGUUCGUGGGAAUUUCUGGACAAUAAUGGAAAAUUUAUAACAAUGGAGUUCAUUUCGAACAUUUUGGAUCAAUUGUAUUCCAGUUUUACUGAACGAGAAGAUUUAAUUCCUGGGCCCGAAAAUUGUUUACGCACAAUGAGUGUUGAUUUGUUUCUAUUUCUCGUUACGUAUCGAAGGGAAAUUCUCACAUAUGAAAUAGAAAUGAAAUUUAUCAAAUUUUGGAAGCUCGUAUUAACAAAAAUACCAGAACCAAGUUUUUCAUUAUCAAGAAUAUUGAGUCCAAGAAAUAUAAUAAUUUUAGAAAAAUCCAAUAACAGUGAUGUUUGGACCAAGUGUGGUCAAUUUAUAAAAUUGUUGUUGAAGGAAAAAGUUUUGAGUUUAGAAUUUCUCAGCGAUCAAUGUGUAGCACUUUUGAGACAAGAGUGGCCAACAGAAACGCUACAAAAUUUAUCAAAGUGCCUGAUAAUAGGAAUAGAGGACUACAGGCCGUCCGACGAAUCAGCAGAAAGAAUCAGGUAUUUGCUUCGUUGGAUUGCUGAAACUUAUAAAGAUAUUGAUGACUUAGAUCAUUAAAUAUAUAGAAUAAAUUAAUUUAAGGACUGAAUUCAUUAAUCGUCAAUCAAAUAAUGAAAUUUGAUUAUUAUAAAUUGUUAGGGGAAGGGGGGGAUGGGGGAAUUUGUGAAAAGAGUUUUUCGGGAUAUUUUAUCCUUGUUAAUGUAUAUUUUACAUAAUUUGAAAAAUGUUAUGUACAAUGUUUUUCCAUUUUUUUUCUUGUCAAUUUUUAAUAUAAUAUAAUAAAUAGUUUAUUUUUACGAGUA